AUUAUUUUCUCAUGAACAAUCGCGUGUUUGAACCCUAGUCAGAAUGUAUCCAGUGGGUCAUGGACAACCCCUUGUUCCCGGUCCAGGGCCCGUUGGUCCUCCGGUUCAACAACCAUCAGUUGGUCCAGGAACUAUUGGGGUUCCUCUACCCCUUGGCCCAAGCACUGGCCCACCCUUAGGUCAGACCCUGGUUCCUAACCCCCUGACAACCCUGGGAGGGGGAUUGCCCCCUAUAGGGACAAUAUUAUCACCUCAGACGACCCUGACCAGCUCGACCGGUGUCCUUUCACCGGUGGAUUCUGGUAGUCCGACCCAAUCAAUGGAUCAACCUCACUUCACAUGUCCUCGGCGGCCAAACCUCGGCCGGGAGGGAAGAUCCAUCCAACUUAGAGCAAAUCACUUUCAGAUAUCGAUGCCACGAGGAUAUAUACAUCAUUAUAAUAUAAACAUUCAACCCGACAAAUGUCCAAGGAAAGUUAACAGAGAUAUUAUUGAAACCAUGGUACAAAAAUACAGCAAAGUGUUUGGAAACAUGAAACCAGUAUUUGACGGACGAAAUAAUAUGUACACAAGAGACGCCUUGGUGGCCAUCGGCAACGAACAGAUCGAAUUUGAGGUAACACUGCCGGGUGAGGGCAAGGAUCGGGUGUUUAGGGUCGCGAUGAAGUGGACUGCACAGGUGGAUUUAUACUCACUUGAGGAGGCUUUGGAAGGACGAAGGAGAGAUAUACCAUACGAUGCCAUUCAAGCCUUAGACGUUGUUAUGCGUCAUCUGCCUUCUAUGAGAUAUACGCCGGUUGGCCGCUCAUUUUUCUCUGCCCCAGAUGGAUAUUAUCAUCCCCUGGGCGGCGGACGAGAGGUUUGGUUUGGAUUCCAUCAGUCUGUCCGCCCGUCACAGUGGAAGAUGAUGCUCAAUAUUGAUGUGUCCGCCACCGCCUUCUACAAGUCCCAGCCCGUGAUUGAGUUUAUGUGCGAGGUGCUGGAUAUCAGGGAUGUGAACGAGCAGCGUAAACCCUUGACCGACUCUCAGAGGGUCAAAUUCACCAAGGAAAUCAAGGGACUUAAGAUUGAGAUUACUCACUGUGGCGCAAUGCGGCGGAAAUAUCGAGUUUGUAACGUGACCAGACGUCCAGCUCAAAUGCAAAGUUUCCCGCUUCAACUUGAAAACGGGCAAACUGUUGAGUGUACAGUGGCUAAAUACUUCUUAGAUAAAUACAAGAUGAAACUGAGAUAUCCUCAUCUCCCCUGUCUCCAGGUAGGCCAGGAGCACAAGCAUACCUACCUACCCCUGGAGGUGUGUAUUAUAGUACAGGGACAGCGCUGUAUCAAGAAAUUAACAGAUAUGCAAACCUCGACGAUGAUCAAAGCGACGGCCAGGUCUGCCCCGGACAGGGAGAGAGAGAUCAACAACUUGGUGAGGAAAGCUGACUUCAACAACGACCCAUAUGUCAAGGAGUUCGGGUUGAACAUAUCACACAACCUGAUGGAGGUGAGAGGACGUGUCCUCAAUCCUCCGAAACUCCAGUAUGGAGGCAGAACACGACAACAGGCGCUUCCCGCCUCUGGAGUUUGGGACAUGAGAGGGAAACAGUUCUUUGCCGGAGUAGAAAUCAGAGAAUGGGCAAUUGCAUGCUUCGCACCCUCAAGAACAGUGAAAGAAGAUGCUUUGCGUAAUUUCACCCAGCAGCUGCAGAAGAUUAGUAAUGACGCAGGAAUGCCGAUAAUCGGUCAACCAUGCUUUUGUAAAUACGCAAACGGACCUGAUCAGGUUGAACCAAUGUUCCGGUACUUGAAAACACAGUUCCCAAGACUCCAGCUGGUCGUUGUGGUACUCCCGGGCAAGACACCGGUCUACGCUGAGGUCAAGCGAGUUGGAGACACCGUGCUCGGUGUGGCCACGCAGUGCGUGCAGGCUAAGAAUGUCAACAAAACAUCUCCACAGACCUUAUCAAAUCUUUGUCUAAAGAUUAAUGUGAAACUAGGAGGAGUCAAUUCAAUUCUUCUGCCGUCAAUCCGACCAAAGGUGUUCAAUGAGCCAGUGAUCUUCCUUGGAGCUGAUGUAACCCAUCCACCUGCAGGGGAUAACAAGAAACCCAGUAUAGCUGCUGUAGUUGGAAGCCAGGACGCUCAUCCUUCAAGAUACGCGGCAACAGUGCGCGUUCAGCAGCACCGUCAGGAGAUAAUCCACGAACUGUGCGCUAUGGUGAAGGAACAUCUAACCAUGUUCUACAAAUCUACCGGGGGAUACAAACCACAUAGGAUAAUUAUGUACAGGGACGGAGUAAGUGAAGGACAGUUUAUGCAUGUUCUCCAGCACGAGCUCACAGCUAUCAGAGAAGCAUGUAUAAAGUUGGAGCCUGAUUAUAAACCUGGAAUCACAUUUAUCGUGGUUCAGAAGAGACAUCAUACAAGACUAUUCUGCUCAGAUAAGAAGGAACAAAGCGGUAAGAGUGGAAAUAUACCUGCUGGAACUACAGUUGAUAUUGGUAUCACGCAUCCUACGGAAUUCGAUUUCUAUCUCUGCUCACAUCAAGGUAUCCAGGGAACCUCCCGACCUAGCCACUACCACGUCCUCUGGGAUGAUAAUAGGUUCGAGGCUGAUGAACUCCAGCAGCUCACAUACCAACUCUGCCACACAUACGUGAGGUGCACGCGAUCCGUCUCCAUCCCUGCUCCAGCGUACUACGCACAUCUGGUUGCAUUCAGAGCCAGAUAUCAUCUGGUUGAGAAGGAACAUGAUAGUGGUGAAGGAAGCCACCUAUCUGGAGGCUCGGAAGACCGUGCGCCAGCUGCCAUGGCGCGCGCCAUUACUGUGCAUGCGGAUACAAGGAAAGUUAUGUACUUUGCAUAAACGCACAUCAAUGCUCAUCGGCCCCACACAUUCACUAAUACUUAGAAGAUUAGAGUUGUAUAUUGCACAGUGUACCUGGAACUUCCCCUCCCCCUUCAGUGGCAACAAGGGGGUUCAGCCAGUAGAAGGCUUUCAUGUACAUUGUACACAGCGCCGUAUUGAUCACAAACGGUACAUAGAUUGUCCCUGAUAAAGGCAAGAGUCAACAGUUUAAAGAAGAAUUAAAAUCAAUAGUAAACCUGAUAUGUCUCCAUUCUCUUUAUCCUGCUCCAUUGUUAUUUCCCUCCGUUCUCCCUCAUAAUAAUGUAAUCACUGUGAAAGCAAACCAAUUUUUACACCAACACAUCUUCUCUACUAGUACCUAUGUAAUUCGCAUUCUCCUCGUACUGUACUGUACAAUUGUACACUACACUGUACACGGUACUUGCAUAGUUAUUUCACUGCUUUGCCAAAUCUGUUGUUAGUUGCCUAAUUGUUAUUAAUUGAUUGUUUGUGCUUAAUUAUGAUGUACAUAGGAUGCUGUACAAUGUAAGUGUACAACACAAAUGUUUCUUUUUAUACGCUGGAUUGCGUUUAAGCAUUAUAGUACAAAAUUUUUAUCUCAUCAUGUACCUUUUUUACAGCAUCAGUAGUGUACAACGUUAAGUGUACUGCAAUUAAUUUCUGUUCAUGAAAAUUUCUAAAGAUGUAAAUAUGUUCAAAUAUCAUUGACAUAGCUCUGUGUUAAAAAAUUUAUUAGUCCGCUAGAACUGUGAGCUGAUCUGUGAGCUAUGUAUACCUCGGUUGACCUUCAUGAAUGAUUGGUUGACACUAAGCGCGGAGAUCAAGCCUGCCCUAGGUAUACCCACGUGUCACGUGAUCACUCUGACCGCGCUUCAGGCGCGCUCUGUAUCUCCAGCCUGCCCGAGCACGUGCCAGGGGCGCUUCACGCCACGUUGAUCUCCGUUGCUUUGAAAGUAACCAGUGUAUUCACAAACCCGGAGUACAGAAAGAACUUGUAUCCGGAGAAAUUUAACCCAACCUUGAAUCCUCUUUUAAAUCUUUUACUCCUCUCACUUGUACACCAUGUACCUGUACACAAUUUACAUGUACAAGCUUUUCUCCCUAUUUUAUGUACACAUGGUUGUGUGUGUACUGCAUGAAUGUUUGUAUGUAAAACUGGAUCCGGUAAUAUCCUGCCUAGCAACAACGUGGAAUUAGUUUAUAAGGGUUAAUAUAUAUAUCAAUAUAUAUAUAUUAUAUUCGUUUCUAGUAUCAAUUAUAUUUGUCUUUUCUGUCACACAAGCAUUUUAUUCCAUUUUAUUUGUUACAGGGUGAGCCUUAACUCAAAUGUUUUAAGUUUUUUGUACUUAAUCUUUUUUCAAAUAUUUUUCCACUUCUUAGAAGGAACUAAUGCGCAAAAUUCCCAAGUAAAGCGGAAAGUGAUUUAAUAUUUUACUUUUCACCCUGUAUCAUAGGUUAACAUUAUUCAUGUCGAUAUAAAAGUCUUAUUACAAAUGCAACUAUUUGGUCCAGUAAAGCUGAUCUUCAAUAAUUCUAAAUAUAUUGAAAUAUCAUUUUUUGUAUUUUUUUUUUGGCAAUAUAUUUGUUUGUAAUA